AUGGAACAUAGUUCUAGUAGAGAUGGUACAACUGGAUGGUCUACAUCUCCAGAUUCCAUCUCCCAGACGCUAGUGGUUAUUGAUUUCCUGGCUUCCAGGUAUGCCAAGCAUCCGGCCUUGCUGGGAAUUGAGCUUCUAAACGAACCAUCUUCUGCCACCGUCCCACUGGACAUUUUAGUUUCAUAUUACAAACAAGGCUACCAGAUUGUUCGGAAAUACUCAUCAACAGCUUAUGUGAUUUUCUGCCAAAGAAUAGGCAACACAGAUCCAUUUGAACUUUAUCAAGCUAACUUAGGCUCGAUAAAUACAGUAGUUGAUUUGCAUUACUACAAUCUCUUUGACAAUUUUUUUGUAAACAUGAGUACUGUUGAUAAUAUUCAAUACAUAUACAAGAGCAGGGAGUCCCAAGUACAAGCUCUGAAUGGUGCAAAUGGGCCUCUUGUUUUUAUUGGGGAAUGGGUGAAUGAAUGGAACGUCAUGAGCGGAUCCCAAUUAGACUACCAGGAUUUUGGGAGAGCCCAGUUAGAGGUAUAUGGUGCUGCCUCUUUUGGAUGGGCUUAUUGGACGAUUAAAAACGACAGAAAGCACUGGGAUUUCGAAUGGAAUAUUCAAAACAAUUAUCUCCAACUGGGUAAGAUUGUAGCUUCACCUACGAUCCACCGGGAGAAAUACAAUAAAUUCCUGAAUCUGAAAAGACUCGCGUUCUGUUUUUGA